AUGUCACAAUCACAACUUCGACUCAAUAAUCGACCCAUUUCCAAAUUCAAUUCCCAAUAUUCUCCAUCUUCAUCUUCUUCUCCUUUUCUGUCUCAUCAAACUAUCACUUUCCUAGCUUCAUGGCGUGGUCAAUUACUAGUUUGUACAAUAGUCUUACUGUUAGGUGCGAUUUACUUCUUUGUUAGACCCCCAAUAGAUCAAUGGCAUCAAAGAAGGAAAGAAGCUCUGUCAAGGAAAAGACAAACUGAAUUGAUGAAAAUGACUGAAAAAGACCACUCUCAAGAUGAAAAAGAUGAUUCUACCAAAGAUGCAAAAGGUAAGAAUGAGAAGAAAAAUCAAAAUCAAGGUAGAAAAAGAAUAAAUUCUCAUCUAAAACCUAUACCGACAUCAGAAGCGCAGACUUCAACAUUAGCAAUCGCUGAUUCCACAUCACCUUUAAUCUCAACUAUCACAUCUAAAGUAUCUUCCAAUACAUUAUCUACACCUUCCGUGAAAAAGAAGAAAUCGUUCACAACCAACGCUCCCAAUAGUAAAUCAAGGAAACCGGACCAAAGCAAUCCAACUCCAGUUCCAACUCCAACUAGACACAAACCACCACCACCUAUCAUCGUCCCACAAUCCUGUACAGCUCGACGUGAGAUGAACCCUUGGGAAAUACCAUUACCUUCAUCACCUGUUGCCGGUCCAUCGAGGUUGAACGGGUCGAACCAUACUCAGCACACAACAAUGGCUGGAUUGGGUAUUGAAGAAAUAUCUGAUGAUGGUUCCUUAGCCUCAGCUGGAGAAGGGGAUAUAAACAAGGAUAAAGAGGAACAAGACAAAAAGAAGUCUGAGGGUUUCUCGAUAUAUCCUGAAGAGGGUUACCUUCCGGUCCAAACUCCAAAUGGAACAAACAAGAAAAAGAAAAAGAAGGCUAAGACCCCACAGUUCACGAAUGGAACGAUUUCUACUACCUCAUCUUCGGUACCAAUGACGAAUACUUCUUCACGAGAACAGGACUUCUCUCUGAGCGAAAAUCACAUCACUGGACGUGAGAAAGAGGUCGAUGCUGGAAACGGAAUUGAGAAUACACCUUCACGACUGAGACAUCAACAUACACGAACUUCGUCAAUAUCCCUACUUCCCAAUUUGAACGUAGGCGAAUUGAGGGCGAUGGUGGAGAAAAGAGAUGAAACGAUUGAUCAGCUGCGAGCAGAAAUAGGUAUGGCGAAAGCGGAGGAAGCGAAAGCCAAAGAAGAAACUGUCCGAGCAAGGAUGGGUGAAGAGAAGAUCAGAGGCGAAUUGGAGAAGUCGUGGAGAGGUAGAAGUGAUGGUAACGAUCGGAGGAGGGAAGUUGAGCUUCAGUUCCGCCUUUCACAAAUGCAACAACUCUACACCACCUCCAUCGCUCGUCUAUCCACCUGCGAAGCUGCCUUACGAGAUGGUGGUAUCCUACUGCCACCUCUCCCAUCGCCUAUCCCGAUGCACAUUCCUCAGUCACCACUACCGCCUAUGCCACAAUCACCGUACGCAUCUAGUCCAGGACGAAAUACUCCUAUAAUGGGUGGAUUCUUGCCUUACCCAUCACCAGGAAUGUAUCCCUCACCGAUGUUACAUCCCAACCCCCACUAUCAUUCCCCUAGUCCAUAUCGCAGGACAAGUAGUAUGACCAAUGGCCAUCCAAAUGGUAAUGGCCAUGUUUAUGGUAACGGCCUAACAGAAGACCUGAACAUGAAUGGCAACGGAUUGACCUAUCCCAUGGAUAUUGGAUCAUCAACUAUGCCAAUUGGAUUGGGUCAUCCUGUAAAUGGCAACAACGAGGGUGAAGGUGAAAGAGCAAGAAGAAGACAAAGUAUUGAAUCUUCUGUUUUGAAGAAGAAAGUUCAACAAUUAACGGCCACUUCGACUUCGAAGGAGAGUGAGACAGCUGGUAUGUCAGAACCGAGACUGGAAGAAGAAAGUGUCAAUGGAACUGAGGAGGAAGCAGUUGGGACCUCUAGUGGUUCAGGAUCAGUAUUAGGAGAAAACAGUAAUGCGAGCAUGAGUACAAGAAGUGAAGCUCAAUUAUGUGUGAACGGAAGUACAAGUGGAAAUAGUGGUAUCAAAGUUCUGUUGGAUUCAGAGAGAGGGAAUAUCUAUUACUCGGAGGAUUCCAUUCCAAAUGUCAACGUUGAAGACGAUGAGGAAGAUGGAGAAGAUGUAGCCUCAGAGAUAGAUGGUGAAAGAGUAGAAGAAGAAGGAAAUGGAAACGAAGAUGGAAAUCAAUCAAAAGACUUUCAACCUAUCUUCGCUUCAUUAGCACAUACACCCGAACAAAUACAAGAAAUGCGCAAACUAUCUCAACAAGCUCGAUCGCAGGUGAAGGUUCAAGCUCAAAGAGAGAGAGGAAGGAGCGUUUCGUCUCUAUCAAGUGCGGGAAGAGGUACACAUGCUGGAUUGGGGAAUGGUGGGCUUUUGACUCCUAGUCCUAGUAAAAGUCCUAUUCCUCUACGGGAUUGA